AUGUUUCAUUUUCAAUUUAAUUAUCUUAUAAUAUUAACAGUAAUCUAUGGCAAUCAAGCCAUUGAUUACCGUUAUCAUAACUAUACCGAGAUGACAUCUAUUCUUCAAGAUUUAGCUGCUCAAUAUCCAACAAAAGCAUCCCUAGUUGAAAUAGGAAAAUCACAAGGAGGAAAAUCUCUAUGGGCUAUGGCACUAAGUUCAUAUGCUCCAAAUCAACACGUAUUGCUACGACCUGAAGUUAAAUAUAUAGCCAAUAUGCAUGGAAAUGAGGUAGUUGGAUUAGAAGUAUUAUUAUAUUUAGUAGAUUAUCUUUUAACAUCUAAUGAUACUCAAGCUAAUCAAUUAAUGAAUCGAACUCGAAUAUGGAUUAUGCCAUCGAUGAAUCCUGACGGUUUAGAACAAUCGUCCGUUGGUGAUUGCACUUCAAAUACGGGAAGAUAUAAUUUAAAUAAUAUUGAUUUAAAUCGAAAUUUUCCUGAUUAUUACGGUGCUGCACUUCAAUCAUCGACUCGAGCACCAGAAACAAGUGCAAUCAUGUCUUGGCUCGCGAAAGUACCAUUUGUUCUUUCAGCUAAUUAUCAUGGAGGCGCAUUUGUUAUUAAUACACCGUAUGAUCGUUAUUAUGUUGGAUCAGAUUCAGCAAGUGAUGAUGACGAUAUCUAUCAAAUGAUAGCACGAAGUUAUAUUAACCUAACACAAGAAGUAAAUGAAAAUUGCUUAAGUGAAUUCAUCGAUACGGCUUUUGUUACACGUGGCGCUGAUUGGUAUGAGGUGAUUGGUGGUAUGCAAGAUUAUGGCUAUUUGAAUUAUGGUACGAUAGAAUUAACAAUGGAAAUAUCAUGCUGUAAAUAUCCCGGCGGUAAUCUUCUUGCUAGUUAUUGGAAUUACAAUCGUGAUGCAAUGCUUCAACAUUUAUUCCAAGCACAACGAGGUGUGAAAGGCUUAAUACUGAAUGAAUAUUCAAAACCAAUACCAUCGACUCAAGUCAUGAUUGACAAUAGGCAGCCUGUUGUUAACGUGACGCCAUUAGGUGAAUUUUGGAGAAUAUUAUUACCUGGAACUUAUACUUUGAAGGUACUUUAUCAAAGUAAUACAAUUUAUAGUCGCAAAAUAAAAAUUGGAAAUUCAUUAUCACCGCUAAACUUAACAAUUAUCAUUUCAUCUACAGUUUAUCUGCCUUAUUCCCUUAUGACAACUCAAGCACUAUCAUCAACUGGAGUAACUCCAGAAAAUUCACAGAAUCUAUUAUUAUAUUUGUGUUCAUUAUUUUUUAUUUCAUUUUCAUGUUGA